AUGGGUCGAGCCCCCUGCUGUGACAAGGGCAGCGUGAAGAAGGGGCCAUGGUCGCCCGAGGAGGACAGGAAGCUCAAGGACUACAUCCACACCCAUGGCACAGGCGGCAACUGGAUCGCGCUCCCCACCAAAGCCGGCCUGAAGAGGUGCGGGAAGAGCUGCCGCCUGCGUUGGCUCAACUACCUGCGGCCGAACAUCAAGCACGGCGACUUCUCCGAGGAGGAGGACAGGGUGAUCUGCGCCCUCUUCGCCGCCAUCGGCAGCAGGUGGUCCAUCAUCGCCGCGCAGCUCCCCGGGAGGACCGACAACGACGUCAAGAACUACUGGAACACCAAGCUCAAGAAGAAGCAGCUGCACCUGCUCAUCGCCGCCGCCGCUCAGUCCACCCAUGGCCAGCAGUACAGCUCCAGACCACCGGCACCGCCAUUUACCGUUGAGCACCACCACCACACUAGCUCUACCUCUGCUGCAUCUCUAGGCCAGCUCCUCAUGUUUGGAGUCGGAGGAGGCGACCACCACCAGCAGCAGCAGUACAUGUCGUCGAGCUCCUCGGUGGACAUCUCCAACAACACCAGUGCUGCUGCUGCUGCUGCUGCUGCUGCUGGCCUGCAGGAGAGCUUCAUGUUUGGUGGCUUGCAGUUUCAGCAGCAGGAGGAGGACACCAACAGCCUGCUCUCACCAGCAGCAGCAGCAUCUGGGAAUGACAUCAUGACCUAUGAGCAUCAUGAGAUGAUUUCGCCGAGCAGCUUCUUCUUCUACGGCGACGGUGCCGGCGGUGCUGCAGCAACCCAGGAAGGGACUAGGUUCCUUUAUUAG